AUGCAGAGACCAAUGGCGCCCCAAUAUGUUGUUGCUCCCGUCUACAACGCUGCGCCCAUGACGACCGGGGCCGCGCAACACUACCAACACCAACACCAACACCAGCAACCUCAGCCUCCUAUCUAUGCAGCGUACUCGGCCUACCAGAGCCCACCCCCGUCAACAGGCUCAUCAUUCAAGUCGGACUUUCAAGACCGACCUCACGCCGUGCCGUUGAACGCGGAUGUGGAAGUAAACGGCGCUGUCUCAGCUCGCCGUGGCUCAAUCCAAAGGAGCAACGCUCGCUUGCGUUCUCCAGCCCGGAGCGAAUCAAACGUCUCCGUCUCACCAUCAACUCACUCUAACCCGACCGCUAAUUCUAAAACCAUCACUUACAACGAGACUAUCAAUCCUGCUGAUCGCAUCGACUUCGGGACUGACGUGGACGAACUUAUGAAGGCUAUUCAGGCCAAGGCAGAGGCUAGUGAGGGAGCUCACAGACACAUCUUAACCCCAGCCCAUACGCCACGGGGCGAUUGUGGUGCGGACGCACAGAGUCCUGCGGGUUCUUGCCGCGCUCCUCCCGCCCAAGAGCUGAAGCCCAAGAAGAAGUGGGUGUGCGAUGGACCCAGCUGCAACAAGCGCUUCGUCCAAAAGACUCAUCUCGACAUCCACCGUCGCACGCACACUGGUCUCAAGCCUUAUAUCUGUGGCAAGGAGAACUGCGGUCUCACCUUCUCGCAGCGGGGCAACCUCAAGACUCACAUGCGUCGCCACACCGGUGAAAAGCCAUACUCUUGCAGCCUUUGCGGCAAGACGUUUGCCCAACGGGGUAAUGUUCGAUCUCACGAAGAAACACACAAGGGUUUGAAGCCCUUCAUCUGCAGACUCGAUGAUUGUCACAAGUCCUUUUCGCAGCUCGGCAAUAUGAAGACGCAUCAAAACAACUUUCACAAAGAGACCCUCAAAGACCUCACCAACAUGUUUGUCAAGUUUGCCCAGAUGGGGCAAGUCCCAGACGAGCAUCGUGACCUAUUUGACUACUUCAAGGAGCAUUACAAGAACAGCAACAAGGGGAUCAAGGGCCGUGGCAAGGCAAGGACUAUAGCGGUGCGAAAGCCAAAAGGCAGUUCUCGACCAUCUGCAACCGCAGGCGCAACCGCAGCCGCCCCAGCUUCUGCCCCUACCGUGUCAAAUCAUUAUUCCCAAGCUCCCAUGGCAGGCUCUGCUCCAGCCUAUGUCCCUCGCACUUUUGGCAUGCUUGAGCCCGAGCAUGAUCACACCGGCGCCGCGGGAUUGCUUUACGAAGAUGAACAGGCCCGGCAAAUGGCCUUUGCCAAUCGCUUGUAUUAA